CAGGUAGUUAGGUUGGGUAGAGGUAGGUUACCGACAUUCCAGCGCUUUCUUCUGCGCAUCGCAUAGAAGCUGAAGCGACCGUACUUAAGCGAGCCUCAACUGCACACGAUGGCCUAUAUUCCUGACAUCCUGUCCCGUAGCCCCUCGCUCCGGGGUUUCCGCGUGGGAGAUUCGCUAAAGGCUGGACAGGGGACCGCGCUCUGGCAUAAUACUUUAUCCUGGACACAUGGCAUCCUUGCCGGCCUACUUCCCGACAGUCUCACGCGUCAGGGAAGAGACAAGGCCAGGUGCCUCAAGGAACGGAGACACACGCUGCUGGCACAGCUGCAAAGUGCUGAAUCAUACCUGGAAUGGGAUGCAGCCGCCCGUGAGCUAGACGUCCUCGAGGGCAAUGAGGAGUGGAAGACGGAUACUUCUACCGGCGACUAUAACCCAGAUCUCCUUGAGUUGCGUUUGCGAGAGCUCGAUCAGGCCCGCACCAACUACGAUACGCGGACUAUGAUGCAUCUCAUUCGAACCGCUCUCUCGCGAGACCUUGGGGGCAUGGGUAAUAUCGACCUUUACCACCAUUCCUACCGCGGCACCAAGAAGUUGAUUGAGCGAUAUGUAGACUCUUCUUUACAGGCGAUCACUUGUUUGGUGGAAAGGAGUGUCUGUUACCUCCCUACCGACUUGGAUCCUAGGGACUUGUUGGAUGCGGUGCUUUAUGCUCGCCAGAGCUUCGGUCGAAGCGCUCUCCUACUCAGCGGCGGGGGCACUUUUGGUAUGACUCAUAUCGGUGUUCUCAAGGCCAUGUUCGAAGCAAAGCUACUCCCGCGCAUUAUCUCAGGUGCAUCAGCCGGCUCUAUAGUCUGUGCUGUGGUCUGUUCGAGGACUGACGACGAGAUCCCCCAGUUGCUCGAAGAGUUUCCGCAUGGAGAUCUAGCUGUAUUCGAGGAAGACGGUAACGAGGACGGCAUCCUCGGCCACUUAAGGAGACUCCUUACCGAGGGAAAUUGGUCCGACAUCAAGCAUUUGACGCGCGUGAUGCGCAACUUGCUCGGUGAUUUGACAUUCCAGGAAGCCUACAAUCGUACCAGAAGGAUAUGUAAUAUUUGCGUCUCCCCAGCUUCUAUAUACGAGCUCCCUCGUCUGCUCAAUUAUGUCACGGCGCCGAAUGUCUUGAUAUGGUCUGCUGUCGCGGCAUCCUGCUCGGUUCCAUUCAUCUUCAGUGCCGCACCGCUGCUCGUCAAGAACCCUCUGUCAGGCGAGCACAGCACCUGGAACCCCACUCCCCAGAUGUGGAUUGACGGCUCUGUCGACAACGACCUUCCCAUGACGCGGCUCGCUGAGAUGUUCAAUGUCAAUCAUUUCAUCGUCUCACAGGUAAACCCUCACGUCGUCCCCUUCCUCGCCAAAGACACGUCUAGUCCACCUACUGGUGCUCGUUGUCAGAAUGUCUGCGGGGAGGAGUCUGCGUGGCUGGGUGCCAUUACUUCGCUAGCUAAGAGCGAGGCCCUGCACAGGAUGCAAUUCAUGGCCGAGAUAGGUAUCUUCCCGACACUCCUCGGUAAACUGCGGUCUAUCCUCAGUCAAAAAUACUCGGGCGAUAUCAACAUCCUUCCGGCUCUGGAUAUCUGGGACCUGCCUAAAGUAUUGAAGAACCCGACAGCCGAGUUUAUGAUGCAAUCGUGUCUACUGGGCGAACGUGCAACCUGGCCUAAACUAUCACGUAUUCGUGACCGGUGCGCUAUUGAGCUGGCUCUAGACCGUGCUGUCCACGCGUUGCGUGCCCGCGUCGUUUUUAGCAAGAGUCAGGCCGACUUACGAAGAAUGGUGACUAGUUCGCUGGUGAGCACGCAUGAGGGAAGACACGGGCCAUUUAUAUCGCCCCAAGUUGACGUCUCUCUAACCAAGGACAACCUGAAAUAUCGCCAUCGACGGUCGAGCGGGAGUAGUGUGUUAUUCCCGCCCCGCGGCGGUUUUGCCAACGAUGCCCCGUGUAGGAUAACAGACGGGGAUACGGAUAAGGAACGCGUUGAGAUCAGCAUGCGUCCCUCCGAUACCACACCCAGGUUGAAGCUACGGAAACCCCCCAAGAUCAGCCAUGCGCGUAAGAGGGGACCUAAACCCACUCCCGCUCCAUCUUUAGCCGGGGAGAGUAUUCCUCGUGAUUUCUCUCGGCCUCAUUCACCCGCCAGGGCCGAACUUGCAAAUGGUAUACCUACAGAGAACCUAUCCUUCCUCUAACGGCAGCAGGCACAGCGGCACCUACAACUCCCGGGGUUGUUGUCGGCGAACCGGGCACCGCACAACAACCCAGAGCUCGACUAUGACUGGCUCUGCCCCACGGCGCUUGGUUUGAAGAUGUCAAAUAUUACACAAUAGACGAGAGAAUAACGUACUGGGUUUUCUCGAGACUAUAUAACGCACUUAGAACUAAACCCUUAGCGAUAGGCAGUGCCGCGGAUAACAGGGCAGGUUUCUUUAAAGGUGUGGGCGCGUAAGCGUACUCACAUGUGGCUGUAUACGGAAGCCCAUAUCUGCACUAGGGAAAAAACCAUUUUUGGGAUAGGUGAACCCCGGGGUAGGAAGGGGUAUGGUUAGCACGUACAAUAUAUACAAUUAAGCAUCUAUACGCUCGUACCUUUGCACGACGUUCGGUACGUA